UUGGCUUCGUCUGCAGACUGCAGCUAAUUUGAGGGGGGAAUCGUUUCACACAUCAUCAAUGGAAAUAGCUUUUCACGGCAAACGGGCACUUGUGACAGGUGCCGGUAAAGGUAUUGGACGUGAAAUUGCAAGGAAGCUGGUAGAAUGUGGAGCAGAAACGUUUGCCCUCAGUAGGACACAGGCAGACCUGGACUCCUUAAAGUCUGAGGUACCUAGCAUGAAUAUAGUGCAGGCUGAUUUACAAGACUGGGAUGGUUCAAGGAAAAUCGUUGAACAGCUUGGUCCUAUUGACCUCCUUGUCAACAAUGCAGGAGUGGCAAGAAAUGCUUCAUUCCUGGAGGUCAAGAAGGAUGAACUUGAUUUUACAUUUGACAUUAAUGUGAAGGCUAUAGUAAAUGUAUCACAGGUGUGUGCAAAAGGAAUGAUAGAGAGGGGACAAGGAGGUGCUAUUGUCAACAUGUCAAGCAUAGCUUCUACAAAGGCUUUAAAAUACCAUACAAGCUAUGGUGCCUCAAAGGGUGCUGUAGACAUGCUCACCAAGGUCAUGUGUCUGGAACUUGGUCCACACAAGAUAAGGGUAAAUACUGUGAAUCCAACUGUUGUUUGGACUGAGAUGGGUAAGGCAGAAUGGAGUGAUUCGGCUAAGUCUGGUCCCCUCCUGGCAAGGAUUCCAUUGAAUAAGUUUGUAGAGAUAGAAGAUGUUGUGAAUGCCACCCUGUUCCUGCUGAGUGACAAGAGUGCAAUGGUCAAUGGUACCUCCAUGCUACUGGAAGGAGGACUGUCUUGCAGCUAGAAAUCCUGCUGUCUGAAGAUAUCACACUCACUUAUCUUGCUCUUCAACUAUGUUAAAGUGGAUGUCUAUCAUUUAUAAUUGUAAUAGUUAUUGAUAAUUGAAAUUCAUAAUUGAUCAAUUGAUCACAGUUCACACAGAGAGAUACGUGAAAAUGAGACUUAGAUGACAAAUCAAGCCAGAAUCGUGCCAUAUGAUAUAUGAUAUAUGAUUAUGUAUUUUUAUUAUUUUAUUACUAUACAGUGGAUCGAACUUCAUUAACUCGAACUCGACAGGACCACGAGAAAACUUGGAGUUAUCCGAGUGUUUGAAUUAAGCGAGUUGUCAUUUUCGGUGCAAAGUUUGGUGAAUAUUUGUCAAAAUUAUAUAAUCAUUAACUCCGCUCUGUCACUCAUCUGUUUAUUUUAAAGACUGGUCAAUACAUGUACAUGCAUAUGUAAUAUUUCAUCCUGUCACUCAUAGUUUGGGGUAGUUUUGCCAAUAUACAUUCACGAUAGAGUUUCUUUCACUUGGUCACUUCAAUAACGGUAUAAUGUACAUGUUAUGUUUGCAAAAGGAAUAACGAUAAAACGGAAUUCAACCAAAUAACAAUUUACUAACAUCAAGUCAAAUAACCGUUUAAAUAGAACACAGAUUAUAUGUAAAAUGUAACAGAAACACCACUGGCGGAUUUAAGGGGGAGUGUGAGGGGCGCAUGCCCCCCCUAAAAUUAAAAUUGUAUGAAUCUAUCGUGAAAUACACUAGAACCCCCCCCCCCCCCCCCCCCCCCCAACUGAAAAUCUUGUUUCCGACCUUGACCAUUACCUUGUAUUUGACAUAUAAAAUGCUGUUUGAUAGGCCUUCUUGUGUUUCACCAAUAACAACCCCAUUUCCAUGUGUAUUAUUAACACAGGAAGUUGAGUUGUGGAAGUGCGUAUAAAUUGUUACUGUUAUUGAGUUGGCAUGUCAUCUGAUUUAAUAGACAGCAGUGACCAUUAAUACAGACGUAUUCUGAACACCUAAGCUAUUGUUUCAGUGGUUGAAAUAUUUAAUAAGCAGUGGUGACUUUCUUUUUUACACCUGUAAAACAUCAUCCGAGUACUAGUGUGUCAGAGAUUAGUUCCGCUUGGGUGAGCUGGUAGAUGAGUUGUUGACUGUUGUGUGUAUUAUUAUCGGCGAUUGCCUUGGGAAAUUACCUGAAGUAAGUAAAGCAGUACUUUUUAUCAGCGAGAUUUGUUAUAAGAUUCCACAGACAAAUUAUUAAACACUUAUAAUAGCAUAUAAUACCGUAAUCGGUAGGUUUAAGUGCCUAUCGCAAAAGGAAAUUCGAUGUUAAAAAAAUGUCUGCUUUCACCACUGAUCGUUGUUAAACAAAAACCCAAUACUUUGAAUUAUUUGUUCAUUUCAAGUAGGAUUUUUAUUGUUGGGACUUAAUUUUCACUUCAUAUUAUCCGAGAUUUCCGAUUCCGAGUUUUCUGAGUUUUUUUUUUACAAGGAUAAAGAGAGAAUUCAGCCAGGAGUGACAACAUACUUCAAGUGAAGCAGGGUAUUUGAGUUUUCCCAGUAAGAGUUAAUGAAGUUCCUCUGUAUAUAUCAUGAUAAAACAUUUUUUGAAACUGUUUUUGUUAUUCGAUAUAUAUCAAGUGUAUCACCUUAUGAACAAUGACAAUUGGAUUUUGCUGAAAUAUGUACAUGAAGACGUGAAUUAAUGACUAUAAAAGGGAAUGAACCUCCUACAGUCUGGAUUUUUUUGUUUGCGUCAUGUGUGAUGCACACAUGCCCAUGCGCACAAGACAUAUACCACACACCUGUAAACAAACAUGGAUUCCCAAGUGAAUCAGCUGCUGUUUAAUAGGGCUACAGCAUUAGUUACAAAAAUAUAUGAAAGAUUGUCAAAUGGGCAAAAGAAACCCCUUGCAUUUUGCUAGGGAAGCAACAUGUAUAACAAACGGGAGCUGUUCAUGCAAGCUGCGACUAUCUGGACAAUGCACAUGUUCUGCAGCAUUGUCUAUAAGUGUGUAUUGACAGACAAGGCAAAUGUGAAUGUAUGGUUAGCUCUGCCUGUUGUGUACACAUAUUAUAUAUUUGAUACAAUACUGGGAAUAAAUGUCAUCUUUUUCUAAUUCUGAAUUGAUUUUGAGUUAUCAAAUAAUAUCUGCCACAACUUUAUCUAAUCCAAUUUCAAAAAACAGGUGUUUGCGUACUGUGUCUCCACGUGCAUCAGGGGUUCCUGUUUACACAAUGUCUACCUCUUUUUCAAAACAGCCAAGUGAUAUUAUUAGCGUUAUAUUUGAAAGGAGCUUCCUGACUAAAUUUUAUGUUCAAGUUGGAUACUGGAAAUAAAUGUGAAUAUCAGGAUAACAGAGAAGCGUAACUAGAAAUGUAUCAAAAAAGUACAAUCAAUAAAAGAAAUAAUGAUUUUACCAUAAUGUCUCUUUAGGGGUAAUAAUUAACUGUAUAUUAAGGGUAUUAUUCAUUCCUUUUUCAUUUCUUUGUUCUGAACCUCUUCUGCACAUCUCUGUAUGAUGGCAAAUCUAAAGAUUUAUGCUCCAUAUGGUCGAUGCCAGAUGUAAAAAAACAACAAUUUAGAAUAAGAAUAUUGAUAGACAGUCCAGAAAUAUGCCCUUUAAAAGAUUAUUACAGGCCAAUGCUGAGAUAGAACUUUACUGUAAUCCUGCUGGUAGAUUCAAUUUGAUGUUUUUGUUAUACAGAAUCAGUCAAAUUUUAUUGUUUGCAAUACAGGAUCUUUUUUUAUGACAUCAUAUAAGGGGGCAGAGGAAUUAUAUGGUGACACUGUAAAUGCUAGAUUUUGAAGAUAUCAUAUAGCAUAUUUAUUACAUAAUAAGCCUGCUAUCUAAUGAUUUCACCUGUGUAAAUGUUUUGUAUGUGCCAUAGUGUAAUAUUCCCUGGAGUUUUUAUCAUUGGCUGUGCCAGUCAGAUAUGUACACCGUAUUCUGAAGUCAAAAUAUGGACAAUGACAUGUCAAGAAGUGUAAAUGGUGCAACAAAGUGGUGGUCUUUGUUUGAUUAAGUCCUCUGCAUUUGUAAAACUUGUGUCAAAGCAUAGGUUUUCUGAGUUAUGUGAUAAAAAGUAUCUUAAAUCUUUUUUUUUUCUUUUUUUUUCAUGAGAUUUUUAUGAAAUUUGCCUGGUAGUUUUAAUUUUCGCAAACUAAGGCUUGCAAAAAUAAAAAAGAAAAAAAAGAAAGACUUGUUUCAUAAAAUCUCAUAUGAAAUGAAAACUCAUUUAUGAUCCUAUAGAUGUAUGACAGGCUGUGUCAAUAUCUUGUCAGUCACUUGACCAUUAAAAUUAUCUGUACUUAAGGGAGAUAAUUAUCUAUUGGUGUGUCAUAAUUGAUAGUGCUAUACCUAAGGGAGAUAAUUGUCUAUUGGUGUAUCACCUGAUAAUUUAAAGUGUUAUACAAAGGGGGAUAACCGUCUAUUGGUAUAGCACAAUAUGAUAAUUUAUAGUGCUGUAUCAAAUGGAGAUACAAAAGUAAAUAUCUAUCGGUGUAUCACAUUAUAAUUAUUUAAUCAGAGAUAAUUAACUAUCUAUUGGUAUGUUAUAUCAUGAUAAUUUAUAAAGCUAUACCAGAGGGAGAUAAUUGUCUAUUGGUAUAUAUCACAUUAUAAUUAUUUAAUCAGAGAUAAUUAAAUGUCUAUUGGUACAUAUUAUGAUGAUUGAUAAUGCUAUACCUAAGACAAAUAUUUGUCUGUUGGUAUAUCACAUUGUGAUGAAAGUGCUGUACCAAACUGUUCUAUAUUGCUGUACCCAACAAAGAUAAUUGUCUAUUGGUGUAUGACAUGAUGAUAAUUUAUAGUGCGGUACGGAAGGGAGAUUAUUUGUUUAUAAGCGUAUCACAUGUUAGUUGAUAGUGCCUAAGAGAGAUGAUUGUCUGUUGGUAUAUAUUAUGCAUGGAGUUUUGGACUAGAAGUUUAUGAAUUUUGAUAUAAUAUUAUUGACUGAUAUUAAUGACACCUGUGUCUUUUUUUCCACAUAAAUGUGAUUGCAAAUUAAUUCAAUUGUGGAUACAGUGUAUCUACCAGCAAAGUUCAUGCAAACAUUUACAAAAUAUUUUUUAAAUGUUUGAAGAUAUGUGCAUUUAUGAGAAAGUCAUUCAGUGGGUGGCAGUGGAGGUAGUUUUUAGAGAAAUUCAUACUAUACUAUCUGUCACACAGAAAUGUACCACCUACAAAUUGAAACAUAAUCUUUAUCCAUGUACACGUGUAUUUUUAUCUGAUUUUCUCAUUUUAUGUUUUUUGAUAUAAUUUUUAUGUCACGAUGAUACACCGUUAAUUUGUUGUAAUUUAAUUAAGAUUAGCUGUUUAAACAUUUAAGCUCUCUUAAUCCAUGAUGUUCACAUUGCAUAGAAAAUCUUUGGGACAUCAUCAUUUUUUAUAACAAAAUAAAUUUAACUCUAUGACUAAAA